AUGCCCUUGACGAACCCAAACCUUGAAGGAUACACAAUUGUGCGCCAAUUAUGGAUAGAAUACUACAACAAACACGAACGUACAUUUAUAGCCCGUAAAAGGUGCUCUGGAUGCUACAAUGACAACAAGUUUGUUAUCUGGGCAGUGUCAGUUGCAGCCCAGUCGAUAGUUGAUGGUGCAAGAAUUUACAAGGAAUUUUUGCCAUUGGUUGGACCAGCUAUCGAUAUCUUCCAGAAGUAUAGAAACCCACAUUUGAAAGGUUAUUCUGCUGCAGAAAAUAAUGGAAAUGAUAAAGAUAUCUACUAUGAUGAUGAUGCCCAAGUUGCCAGUGCUAUGUUAACGGCAUACGAAGUCACCGGCGAAAAAAGGUUUUUGGACCAGGGAAGAGAAUUGGUGAGGUUUUUGAUGGGAGGAUGGAACGAUAACCCCAAUGCUCAAACCAAAGGUGGAGUGAAAUGGCAUAUUUCAAAUGCUUAUUUAAAUGCAUGUACUACGGCCGAAGUCGCCAAGGCGUGCCUUCAAUUGUCAAAAUUUGUGCCUAAUGAAAGCAAGGUUUACAUUGACUUUGCCGCAAAAUGUUUAGAUUGGCAAAUUAAAGUGCUCCAAGAUCCUGGCGACAAGUUGAUCAAAGAUGGUGUUCAAGAUACCCUGAAAGAACCCAACGAUACAAAAUGGACCUAUAAUUUGGGUACCACGCUCUCGGUGGCUUCACAUUUGUAUCAUAUUACAAAGGACCAAUCUUACAAAAAGAUAGCUGAUGAAUUGGCCGAUGCUGGAAUUAACAGAAACGUAUUUUUCUACGACAGAGACUUCAGCGAUGACAAGCGUUACUGGAGAGAUUCAUCUUACUUUGUUCAACUUCUAAUCGAAGGAUUAGCCGACUAUAUGCUUUAUGUUGGACCCGAUGCUCCUGGAGAUCUUCCCCAGAGAAUCGAAGAAGAGAUCAGAAGACACUUGCUUAUGUUUUACAAGUACCUGAAAGAUCCUAAAGACGGGAUGUACAUUCAAAGUUUUGAACCUCAUCACACUUAUAGAGAAGUGUAUGACUCGGAGUACAAGAGGGAAUUCGGAGAACGGAAGGGAUGGGGAUUGAAGGAUGAAGACAAAGAUGGUGACCAACCUCAAAAGUGUCUUAUGGGAUAUGGUGCAGCAGCAAGGGUUUUCUUUCAAGGUGCUAGAGUCGUGCCUCAAAUUAACCAGUAA